AUGGCGGAGCAGGAGAGCUUGGAGUUCGGCAAAGCGGACUUCGUGCUGAUGGACGCCGUCACCAUGCCCGAGUUCAUGGCCAACCUCCGUCUGCGGUUUGAAAAAGGACGGAUUUAUACAUUUAUUGGGGAGGUGGUCGUUUCCAUGAAUCCUUACAAAAACUUGAACAUCUAUGGGCGUGACAUGAUUGAGCAGUACAAAGGAAGGGAAUUGUACGAGAGGCCUCCUCACCUCUUUGCAAUUGCUGAUGCCGCUUACAAAGCGAUGAAGAGGCGAUCAAAAGACACCUGUAUUGUAAUAUCAGGUGAAAGCGGGGCUGGGAAAACUGAGGCCAGUAAAUAUAUUAUGCAGUACAUAGCAGCCAUUACCAACCCUGGUCAGAGGGCUGAGGUGGAAAGAGUGAAGAACAUACUGCUGAAAUCCAACUGUGUGUUAGAGGCCUUUGGCAAUGCCAAAACAAACCGUAAUGACAAUUCCAGCAGGUUUGGAAAAUAUAUGGAUAUCAACUUUGAUUUUAAAGGAGACCCAAUAGGUGGGCAUAUCAAUAAUUACUUACUAGAAAAGUCUCGUGUGAUUGUGCAACAGCCGGGAGAACGAAGCUUUCAUUCUUUUUACCAGCUUCUCCAGGGGGGUUCUGACCAGAUGUUACGUUCUCUACAUCUUCAGAAGGAUGCAUCUGCGUACAACUAUAUCUGUCCUGGAGCACAGAUAAAGUGUUCCAUCAGUGAUGGUGCAGAGUUCAAAGCAGUAGCUGAUGCCAUGAAAGUGAUAGGCUUCAAGCAAGAGGAGAUUCAGACUGUCUACAAAAUUGUGGCAGCUAUUCUUCACUUGGGGAACUUGAAGUUUUCUGUGGAUGGUGAUACGCCUGUAAUAGAAAAUGGCAAGGUUGUGUCGAUCAUCGCAGACUUGCUGUCAACGAAAUCUGACAUGGUGGAGAAGGCUCUUUUGUUUCGAACUGUAGCUACAGGUCGGGAUGUCAUUGACAAACAACAUACUGAACAAGAAGCCACUUACGGCAGAGAUGCCUUUGCAAAAGCUAUAUAUGAGCGCCUCUUUUGUUGGAUUGUGACACACAUCAAUGAUGUGAUUGAAGUGAAGAACUAUGACACUACAAUACAUGGGAAAAACACAGUCAUUGGCGUCCUGGAUAUCUAUGGCUUCGAAAUAUUUGACAAUAACAGUUUUGAGCAAUUUUGCAUUAAUUAUUGCAAUGAAAAGCUACAGCAGCUCUUUAUUCAGCUGGUUCUAAAGCAGGAGCAGGAAGAGUACCAGCGAGAGGGAAUUCCCUGGAAACAUAUUGAUUACUUCAACAAUCAGGUCAUCGUCGACCUGGUAGAGCAGCAGCACAAAGGGAUCAUUGCCAUUCUGGACGAUGCCUGCAUGAAUGUUGGAAAAGUUACAGAUGAGAUGUUCCUCGAGGCUCUUAAUAACAAGCUAGGGAAGCAUGCUCAUUUCUCCAGCAGAAAGCUUUGUGCAACGGACAAAACGCUGGAGUUUGACAGAGACUUUCGAAUCAAGCACUACGCUGGAGAUGUGAUUUACUCAGUCACUGGAUUUAUUGACAAAAACAAGGACACUUUAUUUCAAGACUUCAAGCGCCUCAUGUACAACAGCUCUAACCCUGUGUUGAAGAUGAUGUGGCCUGAAGGUAAACUGAGCAUCACUGAGGUAACCAAGAGACCUCUGACAGCUGCUACUCUUUUUAAGAACUCCAUGAUUGCACUAGUGGACAACCUGGCAUCAAAGGAACCCUACUAUGUCCGUUGCAUUAAGCCCAACGAUAAGAAGUCACCACAGCUUUUUGACGAGGAGCGUUGCAGGCAUCAGGUUGAAUACCUUGGCCUUUUGGAGAACGUGAGAGUCCGCCGAGCAGGCUUUGCCUACCGCCAAACAUACGAGAAGUUUCUUCACAGGUACAAGAUGAUCUCGGAAUUCACUUGGCCAAACCAUGACCUCCCUUCAGACAAAGAUGCUGUGAAGAAGCUCAUAGAGUGUCAUGGAUUUCAGCACGAUGUUGCUUAUGGCAAGACCAAGAUUUUCGUCCGCACGCCUCGAACUCUGUUCACCUUGGAGGAACUGCACGCCAAGAUGCUUGUGAGGAUUGUCCUCUUCCUACAGAAGGUUUGGAGGGGCACUUUGGCUCGCCUUCGCUAUAAGAGGACAAAGGCCGCCCUCACGAUACUCAAGUAUUACCGCCGCUACAAAGUGAAGGCCUACAUCCAUGAGGUUGCCCGACGCUUUCACAAUGUGAGGCUAAUGAAGGAUUAUGGCAAGCACGUGCAAUGGCCCACUCCACCGAAAGUGCUGCGCCGAUUUGAAGAGGCACUCCAGAGCAUUUACCAUAGGUGGAGAGCAGGUGAACUCAUCCGGAGCGUCCCACCAGAAGUCCUACCUCAACUGAGGGCCAAGGUUGCUGCCAUGGAAGUGCUGAAGGGUCACAGAGCUGAUAUUGGCCUACAAAGAGCAUGGGAGGGGAACUACAUCGCACUGAAACCAGAUAACCCUCAGACCACGGGCUCUUUCAUCCCUGUUGCCAAUGAGCUGAAACGGAAAGACAAGUACAUGAACGUUCUCUUCUCCUGUCACGUCCGCAAGGUCAAUCGCUUUAAUAAGGUGGAGGACAGAGCAAUCUUCAUUACUGAUCGACACCUUUAUAAGAUGGACCCUAUGAAGCAGUACAAAGUGAUGAAGACCAUCCCCCUCUAUAAUUUGAUAGGAUUGAGUGUCUCCAAUGGAAAGGACCAGCUCGUGGUCUUCCACACAAAAGACAACAAGGAUCUCAUUGUCUGUCUCUUCAGUAAAGAGCCCUCUAACGACAGCAGGAUUGGAGAGCUGGUGGGAGUCCUGGCAAGCCACUUCAAGAGGUCAAAACGCGCUCUGCAAGUCAGCGUCACCAACCCGGUCCAGUGCAGCCUGCACGGGCGGAAAUGCACCGUCUCCGUGGAAACCAAGAUUAACCAAUCCCGACCGGAUUUCACCAAGCAUCGUUCCGGUUUCGUCCUCUGCGUGCCAGGGAAUUAGCAUCCCCCUCCGCUUGGCGCAGCGAGCCCAGAGAGAGUGAGCGAGCGGAGGAGAGACGGACUGGGGCUUUGAUUGCCCUCCCCGUGCCUUGGACUUUUCAAGGGGAUUAGUUUAGAGAUGCUCAGCUGUGACUUGGUCAUGCGCCUAAAAAGAUCUCUAAAGCUAAAGGUUUAGCAAACCCAAAUUCAGGAGAGGGUUUUACUACCACAUGCAAUGAAGGCUUAAAAUAGCCAGUGACCUGUAUCCAUCUUACCAAACAGGCCAGAAUAUCAGGAGAGUGCUUCUGAAUUAGUCCAAAAAAAGCAUUUAUAGGUACUUACACCCUUUCCUCCCUUUCCCACAUAUUGAUUUCUUAAACCCUCUCCACUGUUCCCUUCUGUGUUUCUUUUUUGUGUGUCGUUUUUUGCAAUAUUAUGCAGCCUCCACCGGAGGAACCAAAGAUACCCUGCUCAGGCAGUCUGGUUCUGUAAGACCAAAUCCCGAUGGAACCGGAGCCAGGUUUGGAAAGGAGGGCUGGCUUCCCGCACCAGGGAGACACUCCGCGCUCUUCCAGCCCUGCCAGCACGCACAGAGUUGGGAUGGUACACGGAGAUGCACCUCUAGACUUGCUGCUUUCCUGCCUGGAGUUCAUUAACCCAUCAAGGCACCUUGGUUGGAGACAGGUCCACCACCAGAAAGGAGAGUGGGCUUCACAGUGCAGAGGUUUUAUUUUUUUAAUCCUGUAUCACUUUUGCCUUAAUUACCCUCUCCAGUGACCUAAAAGCCAGUGGGUUCCCAUUUGGACCAAGUGGCCUUGCUGAAUUUUUAAAUGAUCCACGUGGCUUCGUGUUAGUCCCAGCGUUGAGGUUCAGGGAGGGCUAAAGGACCCGCUGCGGGGGGGUUCCUCUAGAAACACACGGAGCUUGGGGGCUGAGGCCGCGGCUCCCUCGCUUUGCACUAUUUAACACUUAACUCCGGGCACGUCCGUCCGCGCCAGCCGAGGGGCGGCAGCACAAACCCGACUGCAAGCAUCCGGGCUGAUCCCUUCAAAGAGUUUUCCUGGGUCUUCCCGGCUGCAGGCGUUGGAUGCUGGAGCGUUGUGCAUCGCCUUGGCU